GGUUUCACACGAACUGGGAGCAUGCGAUCUAUCUAUAAAUACCGCUGGCGUGUGGCAGUGGGAGAGUCGAUUUGCCCUCAGAAGCGUUACGCCGCACACGCUCGUGCACUCAUAUGACAGCCCGCCGACUAUAAGUCAUAUAGCUGAUAAGAGGGACUUGCGUUCUCUCUCGUGACCGUCCCAAGAUCUUGGCUACGCUCCGCAUCUUGGUCACGCUUUACAUCCUAAAAGCCCAGCUCUGUGUUUUUAAAGACCACACACGGAAUAUAAACUUUUUUGGCAUUUUUACCGGACACAGUUUGGGUUUGAUCAUGCCCGCCGAUAACAUGGAGAAGCAGACUGCAUCGCCUAUUGCGGGUGCCCCUGCCAAUGGAUCUCAUACUCCGGAUAAACCAAAGAAUGCCAGCGAGCACAGAAAGUCUUCAAAGCCAAUCAUGGAGAAACGCCGCAGAGCGAGAAUCAACGAAAGCCUUGGCCAGCUGAAGACCCUGAUUCUCGAUGCUCUUAAGAAAGAUAGCUCCAGACACUCAAAAUUGGAGAAAGCUGAUAUUCUCGAGAUGACAGUCAAGCACUUGCGUAAUUUGCAGCGUGUUCAGAUGACUGCGGCCCUGUCAGCUGACACAAACGUCCUGAGCAAGUAUCGCGCGGGAUUCAACGAGUGCAUGAACGAGGUGACUCGAUUUCUGUCCUCCUGCGAGGGGGUAAAUACAGAUGUCAGGUCACGGCUUCUCAACCACCUCUCCGGUUGUAUGGGACAAAUGAUGGCCAUGAACUACCCACAGCCUACCCCCGUUCAGCAAGCACAUUUGUCUCAGCCUCUUCACGUGCAGCUUCCUUCAACCUUGCCCAUCAACAGCGCAUCAAUGGGAUCCAAACUCAGUCCUUCAGAAGCCGUCUCACCUAAAGUCUUUGGAGGAUUCCAGUUGGUGCCAGCCACUGACGGACAGUUUGCUUUUCUUAUCCCCAACCCGGCUUUCGCUUCUUCAACAACUCCGGUCAUUCCCCUCUACGCAAAUGCAGGUGUACCCCUUACUGUCAACGCAAGUCCGGUCCAGGCCAGCUCAGCACCCACGGUUGCAUCUCCUGUCCAUGGAAUGACCUCCUUCGCAGGCGUUUCACAAGCCGUCAGUCCUGUUGGUGUCAGUGCUGGAGCAGAAAGCAAUGAGCCUGUUUGGCGACCCUGGUAGACUUGUUCAACAUAUACGAACUUUUAAAAGUUUUUCAUGAUGAAGAAAUAUACUGAGUUCCGUUUUAAGGGACUAUAUUAACCUUCUGUUGGACACGGCGCAAGUGUUUGUUAGCUAAUUCCAAAAUUUGGAUGUUGUUAAUGAACAUGCUGUUUAUUCACCAGAAUAACACUUAUUGUUUAUAAAGUACUUUUUUAAUGAAAGAAUUUAGUUUUGUACAAAGUUUGUAAAAGACUGUAUCAUGCCAAAGCUUUCUUGUUACUUUUAUGAGUGUUUAUGUUUGAUGCUAAAUAAAUCAAAAUAACUAAA